AUGUCUCACAACGCACAUUCCACACCAGGAAGUCCUGUUCCUCAAGACGCCGGUGCCAGUCAGGACACCUUUGAGGCUGGUGGCAUGUAUGGUCACUUCAACUGGCCUCGCGGUGGUUGGGGACCUCGAGGACGCGGCGGAUUCCACGGGCGAGGAGGCCAUCACCCUCCUCCGCCACCCCCUUUCAUGCCCCCAUUCAUGCACCAUCAUAGUCACCACCACCAUAGACCCGAGACAGUGCCACUUGAAGAGGCUCCUGAGCACCACCACGCUCCGCCAGGACAUGGUCACCCAGAUCCACCUCUCGCACCCAUGCCUCCUCCACCCCCGCACGCCCCGAGUGGACCAGAGGGACAAUUCCCCUUUGACCUCGCAACGCUCGGUCCUCGUGUAACUGAGGCAGUUCACCGCGGACUCGCUGGCCUCUACUCUGGCUUCACCAACGCUCCAGGAUGCCCCCCAGGUCCUGGAUUCCCAUUCGGCCCAGGUGGCGGUAGAUUUAUGCGCGGUUGUAGUCGUGGCCCCUUUGGACGCGGUGGCUGGAGUGGACGCGCUUGGCCUGGAUUCCCUCACCAUCCUCAUGGACCCAUUCAUCCCGACAUGGACAUUGUCUGCUCCGACGAGACAUUUACCGUCACUGUAGAGCUCCCUGGUUUGCAAAAGAAGGACGUCGACAUCUCCGUCAAGGACAAUGUACUCACCAUUAGUGGCGAAUUCAUUACGACGCCUCAGCAACCAGAUGACACUCCCGAACCAUACGAUGGCUUUGAUAUUAUGGAAGACGACGCAGAAGAGGUUCUUUUGGAGAAGGAAGGCGACAAAGACGACGACGACAAAAAGCCCAAGUUUAUCUUGCACGAACGCCGUGCUGGAAAGUUCCGUCGUUGCAUCCGCCUUCCUCCUUGGGUCGAUGUCGAAAAAAUCAAGGCGACAAUGGCCGAUGGUGUCCUUACCCUGGUGAUCCAGAAGCCAGAGCCGGAGAAGGGAGAGCCGGCUCGCAAGAUCUCUAUUCUCUAA